UGCAGUGCACAGUCAUGUCACGUAAAUCUUGGAUUGAGGACUCCUUCUCCAAAAGAGAUUGUGUGAAGUUUAUCCCUUCAUCUCGGGACCUACACAGAUGUAUUCCAGUAUGUCAAGUAUGCCAAAACUUGAUAAGAUGUAGUUGUGGCCGCCUGAUGGGGGAGCACUCUUGGCAAGAGUCCCUUUCCCCCAUAUCCCCCUAUCCUGGUCCUGGACAGGACCUGGAAGAGGUCUGGUCCAUCGAUCUCCACACCAAAGCCAGUCCCACCAAUGCCUUUGGGACCAUAGACUUUCAGGACACUGCCACACGCGUAUGCCGGGCCAAGUAUGUUCGUGUGGCUGUGGACUCCCAGCCAGAGGUGCUGUUCCAACUGAUGUUGAGGGAGUGGCAGAUGGAGAGACCCAAGCUGCUCCUGACUGUCCAGGGGGGCUCAGAAAACUUCACCCUGCCCCUUAAAGUCAAGCAGGCCUUCAGCAAAGGUCUGAUCACUGCCGCCCUCAGCACAGGAGCAUGGAUACUCACUGACGGCAUUAAUACAGGUGUGUCUAAGUAUGUGGGCGAGGCAGUGAAAACAUUUGGGGGCCACAACCUGAGGAAGAGAAACACAGUCGGCAUCACGCCAUGGGGAGUCAUUGACAACAACAUGGACCUCAUAGGCAGAGAUGUGUUCAGGCCCUACCAGCCACUGGGGAACCCUUUGAGCAAGAGGGUCUGUCUUAAUGGUUUCCACUCCCACUUUCUGUUGGUGGAUGAUGGAACGCUGGGAAAACAUGGCUGCCAACAAGGCCUCAGGAGGAAGCUGGAGAAACACAUCCAUCUACAGAAGAUACACCCUCGACUGAACCAAGGAGUGCCUGUGGUGUGUGUGGUGGUGGAGGGAGGGCCUGCCAUUGUGUCUGCAGUGUUGGACUAUGUUAGCAAUGUGCCCCCUGUGCCAGUGUUUGUGUUUGAGGGAUCGGGCAGGGCUGCCGACCUGCUCGCCUUCUUGCACAAGCAGACUUCUAUUGACAGGCAGUUGGAUGCUGACAUUAAAGAGGGCUUCCUUGUCAGGAUUGGAGAUGUGUUUGGAGUAGGGACAGCAGAAGCGUCUCAGCUCUGCAGUCUCCUUCUGCAGAGUAUGGAUCACAGAGAGUCUAUAACCAUCUUUGACUCAGAGGACCAAACGGCACCUGAUGCAGCCAUUUUGACAACUAGUCUCAAGGGCACCAAGGCCAGUCCUGCAGAGCAGCUGAGUAUGGCCCUUGCUUGGGACAGGGCUGACAUAGCACAGAAACAUGUCCUGGUGUACGGACAGCAUUGGAAGGUGGGUUCCUUGGAGCAGGCCAUGCUGGAUGCUUUGGUGAUGGACCGAGUCAGUUUUGUCAAACUGCUGAUUGACAACGGCAUGACGAUGAGCCGCUUCCUUACUGUGGAUCGCCUGGAGGAGCUCUAUAACACGCCACCGGGGCAGACGGACCGUUUCCUGCACCACCUCGUUGAAGAUGCCAAACAGACAUCUCUUCCCAUCAGUUACCGUCUCUCUCUAAUUGACAUGGGCCUGGUGAUAGAGUACCUCAUAGGAGGAGCAUACCGCAGCACCUACACACGGAAACACUUCAGAGCUGCCUACAGCAUCCUGCAGGACAACAAGGGGAGAAGGGACAGUUCCACCUCCUUGUCUAAACAGAGAGGGGGAUUAACACCAAACUCCACGAGGGGCAGGUAUCUCCAGGACCUGCAUUUCUUUAGAACAGCUCAGCCCUACAAACCCAAGGAUGCGUCACCUGGGAGCAGUCGAGACAUCACGUCGAGCCCUGGCCUCGGUGAUGCUCCACUGCUGGUUCCCUUCAACUUCAACGACCUGUUCGUGUGGGCCAUACUUCACCAGCGGCAGCAGAUGGCACUGUUCCUGUGGCAGCAUGGCGAAGAAGCGCUGGCACGUGCAGCAGUGGCUUGUAAGCUUUACCGCUCCAUGGCCUUUGAGGCACGGCAGAGCAGUAUGGACGACAACAUUUCAGAGCGAAUCAAGACACAUUCACUUGAGUUUGGUCAGCUGGCAGUGGACUUGUUAGACUGUGCAUUUCGCCAGAAUGAGCAGAUGGCCAUGAAGUUGUUGACUUCAGAGAUGGAGGUAUGGAGCCACUUCACCUGUCUGCAGAUGGCUGUCUCCUCAUGUCAUCGGCCAUUUGUCUCACACUCCAGCACUCAGACCCUCCUCACAGAUCUCUGGACCGGUCCGCUCAACAUGAGAAAAAACUCCUUUGUCAAGAUAAUUUUGAGCCUUCUUCUGCCCCCCGCCAUCUUGCUACUGGAGUUUAAAAGCAAAGCUGAAAUGUGCCAUGUACCACAGUCCCAUGAGACAAUACUGUUUGGACUUGAGUCUGUGAAGUCUGCACCAGCCGACGAGGUAACUGAUCACACGUGUCUUUCCUGGAUCACAAGACUCUACGACUUCUACACAGCUCCUGUUGUCAAGUUUUGGUUUCACACAAUGUCCUACCUGGCCUUUCUGAUGCUAUUCUCCUACGUCGUCCUGGUGGAGAUGCACGAUCAACCCAGUGUUCAGGAGUGGCUGGUUAUCGUGUACAUCUUGUCCACUGCAGUGGAGAAAACCAGAGAGGUACUCAUGUCUGAGCCGAGGAAGCUGAGCCAGAAGCUAAAGAUUUGGCUCUCAGAGUACUGGAACAUAUCAGAUAUCAUUGCCAUCCUCCUCUUCCUGGCUGGAUUGACACUGCGUUGGCAUGCUAAUCCGUACCGGACGGCAGGACGGAUCAGUUACUGUCUGGACAUCAUCUUCUGGUUCGUCAGGGUGCUGGAUCUGCUGGCUGUCAACCAGCAUGCUGGCCCUUACCUUACCAUGAUCACUAAGAUGACCAGUAACAUGUUCUUCAUAGUGGUCAUGAUGGCAAUCGUGCUGCUGAGCUUCGGUGUGUCCAGGAAGGCCAUCCUGUCGCCAGACGAGGACCCAUCCUGGAGUCUAGCUCGAGACAUAGUCUUCCAGCCCUACUGGAUGAUCUACGGAGAGGUCUACGCAACAGAGAUAGAUCCAUGUGACGACGGUCAUCCGUGUCCUCCCGCUUCCUUUCUGACGUCCUUCCUCCAGGCGGUCUAUAUGUUCUUUCAGUAUAUCAUCAUGGUCAACAUUCUCAUUGCAUUUUUUAACAACGUCUACUUUGACAUGGCAUCAACCUCCAAAAAUCUGUGGAAGUACAACCGAUAUCGUUACAUAAUGACAUACCAGGAGAUGCCAUGGUUGCCUCCGCCGCUUAUCCUCCUCAGUCACAUGACCUUAGGUUUGAAAGCCAUCUACAGGAAAUGUAUUGGGGAUGCUGAGCAGGAGGAGAGAGGCUCUGGACUUAAGCUCUACCUGGGCCAUGAGGAUCGCAAGAGGCUCCAUGAGUUUGAAGAGAAAUGUAUCCAGGCCUACUUCCACGAGAAGAGUGAAGGUCUCCACAGCAGUCAAAUUAACAGAAUCAGAGCCACGUCUGAGAGAGCCGAGGAGAUGUGCAUGAUGGUGGGGGAGGUCUCAGACAAGGUCAUCUUCAUUCAGGACUCCCUAUCGGGGUUGGACUGUCAGCUGGGUCGACUCCAGGACCUGUCGGCUCUGGCCGUGGACACCCUCACUCUGCUCUCUGCUUCUGACAGCCUGCAACAGGAGGAGGCUCAUCUGGCUCAAUGUCAACUCCUCACAGGGUCCCGGCACAUCCUCCCUCACAGAAGUGAAGCAGACUGUGGUGUACUUACUGCUACUCUUGACCAUCCUGGUGAGAAUUGCCUGGCCGCCUCUAGACCUGGUUCUCAUGUUUCCCUCUCUCACUUUUACGGCAGUGGAGUUAAUCUCAGUGGUUUUAGGGAUCAGACACCCUGUCAGUCCUGUGGACCGUCCCACUGUGGGUCUCCUCUUUCUUCCAGAAGCUUGGAGUCACCACAUCAUAAACUCUGGACAUGUGAGCCAUACUUGUAUCCCAGUCAGGAGAAAACCUCCGUGGAAGAGCAAGCAGAGGAAAGGACACACGAACAGCUGUCUAACGUAGAAGUAUCCAGAGCCUCUUCCAAUGCUUUCCUUCUGUCGAAGCCUCGAGACAUCUCUGAGGGUUUAGUAAAUCCUGCCUUUUCUCAGGAUGAUAGCGAACCGAGUUCUCGGUCCAGACCUUCCAGCCCAUGUGAAAGGUCCGUGAAAUCCACCGGGUGGAGAUGUCUGUCCAGAGACGGUCCCUAUGGCCACUGCAGAUCCCUGUCAUCCAGUGUGGAGAAUAUGACUUUCUCUGGGGCACCCCUGACUCUCAUGAGGGGAUCAUUUCCUUUGCUUAACGAACCGAUGGAUAAAGAGAGUUUGUCUGAUGAGAGGAGUUUGAGGGACAACAGAUCGCUACUGUGCAGCAAGAACAAAGAGUGGUCCAAGUCCUCUGACUUCACUCAAGUCUUAAACAGCAGAGGUAAACGCCAUAACAGGAAGACAGUGAAGAUACAAGAGAGCAGUCCAGAUACUGCAACCACGCAGUCCAAUCUGUCUGAUGCCUGCUGGAGAAGGUCCCGGAGAUUGAGAGGAGAGCCGGCAUGUUGGUCGGCUUCAACCAGCCUCAGUCAGCUCAAUUUUGAACCAAUGGAUUUGUUGAAAAAGCAAGUGUUUUCCCAGCAGGAUGUGUGGAGCAGCUGGUCCCGAUCAAUGAGCUGCAAGUCUUCUUUACAGAGUGGGAUUGCCUCUGAAGCGAAGAGCCCCUCAUUCCAGUCCUCUGAAAAGUUGUAUCCGCACUAUUCAGCUAUGGAAAGAAACAAUCUGAUGAGACUGGCUCAAACCAUUCCCUUCACUCCUCUCUCCAUUCUGGGAGGUGAAGAGGUGAGCGUCUACUCCCUGGAGGAAGUGUCCUCUGAUGCUAACCCAGUAUGUGGCACAGUCUCCUCCUGGUCGUCACAAGGCCUGUCUGCCAUGCUGCAGCCCCUCUCCAGUGAAGAGGGCUCUAUGGAUGGGGGUCUCCGACUGGGCUGCAGGGUGCUGUGUACCUGGGCAGAACGGAACGUGCUCAGACCUGGUCUGGUGUACGUGGUCAAAGCCUUCAGGCCGGAGGUGGUUCGUUCCUGGCAGAUGUACUUCCAUGCUAGCACUGCACUGCAGCUUUGUUUAAGAGAGAUCCAGCAGCAGAGAGCAGCCCAGAAGAUGAUGCAAUUGUUCAACGAGGUCAAACCUGAUGAUAUGCAUCACUCACCAAGGUUUCUAGAUGUAGCGCUGGUCUUCUGGCAUUCCAAUGGCCAGUGGCUGACUAUUGAGAGGAACAUGUCCGGGGACUUCAGGAAGUACAACAACAACACUGGAGAAGAGAUCACCCCCUGCUGUUCACUGGAAGAAAUACUGCUAGCGUUCUCCCACUGGACAUACGAGUACUCAUGCAGAGAGCUUCUGGUGCUCGAUAUACAAGGUGUCGGAGAGGAGCUGACCGAUCCAACAGUCAUUAUGGCAGACGAUCAAAGUGGUGGAAGAGAUGAGAUGCUUUUUGGUCCAGAUUACCUCGGAGAUGCUGCCAUCAGCGGUUUCCUGCAGAAACAUUCUUGCGUUGGCUGCUGCCGCAGACUGGGCCUAACAGAUUUAAGAAAGAGUCCGGACAGCUGCGAGAACAGUAGCGAGGAAGAGCCGACAUGGGGGAAAGAAGAACAAGAGGGUGACGACACCAGGAUGUAA